AUGCCUGUGUCUAGUAUAGAUGGGAGAAACAAUUACAGGUUCCGUUCCAGUAAUCCGGUCUCCAGCAACAAGGAGAUUGGCAGAUUUGUAGCACCGAUAACGUCAGAUGCCUUAUACGAUCCUGGACAGCUUUUCAUUCACAAGGCUUUUGCUUACAAAGGAGUUGUCGUUUGCGCUUUCAAAUGCAGAUUCCAAGAAAAGAAAAGCAGUACCAGUGAUCGUACUGUUUCACAAGGACGGUAUUAUCAAGUAUUGAUUGAUCGAGGUGAUUGGAGUCAUAUGGGUUUUCCAGUUGAUCUUACCUCAUAUUUAAUGGACGGCACAAGUCGUGGUGAAAAGCUUCUCACACUUAUCAAUGGUAUGGAUUGCGUUUCACAUAGCGAUAUUCUUCCGUUCAACGCUCUUGAUCGGGAACCGUUAGAUCACGAUUUGUUUCACCGGAUAUUCGAUGUAAUGGAAUCGCCAGAAGGCAAGGAGGUUAAAAUAACUAUGAAAACCAACCUUUUUGAAAAUUAUAUGGCAUCGCAAAGGUCAUGGCUGGCACCAAGAGAUGGAGGUCACAGAAAACAUCGAGGUGACAGUGACUACAUUCUACCUCGGGAGCAGUAUGAGUGCUGGACAACUGAGGCAUAUAUGGCGAUAUGUCAUCAGGCUGAGAACCACUCUCCGCAGAACUCAGUUAUACUUCGCGAACGUUCCUUAAAGGUUUACUCCCUUAACAACAUGAAUCAGAUGCAUGGGCAUGGAGUGGUCGGAAAGCAACCUGAACUAAAUGUCCAAACUCCAGCGUUCCAGUUCAGCAGUACCGUUGAACUGGCUCACUCUAAAGGAGGACACAUGUGGGGCCGAUUCAAAAUGGAACGGCCGAAUGGGUCGACAUUUGAUGUUGCUAUACCUACCGUUGUUCUAGAAUCAUUUGAUGAGAAAAGUGCUGGGAAUAUCGAGAAGACCGUUGAAUGA